UGUAACAAAGUCCUCCUCUCUUUGCUCCCUCCCACUUCAUUCACUUGCAAAUCAGUGUGUGCCCACAAGAGCCAGCUCUCCCGAGCCAUAACCUUCCCAUCCCGAGAGCUGCAGUUCCAGCCACAGCAGCAAGAAGCACAGAGCCGGCGACCGACCGUGGCGGAGGCAGGAGCAUCCUGGGCUAGUUGCAGGGUGUCCCCAGGAUCCGGAAGGCGAACAGAGAUACCUUCUGAGAGCCAAGCAAAGAACAUUAAGGACGAAAGGAGGAAUGAGCUUGGAUCCAGUGCAGUGAAAAGAGACGUGAAGGAAAGGGGAGCUCACCACCCCGAGACUCGAGAGCCUGCCUUGCCACCAGCAUGAGAACUUACCUGUGCUUCUUGCUGCUCUUUUGGGUCGGCCAGCCCUACUCAACUUUCUCAAGCCCAUUAUCUAAAAGGACUAGUGGCUUCCCAGCAAAGAGGAGGGCCCCGGAUCUCCCUGCGAACAGCAGGAAUGAGCUGAGCCGUUCGAAAAGGAGUUGGAUGUGGAAUCAGUUCUUCCUCCUGGAGGAAUACACAGGAUCCGAUUAUCAGUAUGUGGGCAAGUUACAUUCAGACCAGGAUAGAGGAGAUGGAUCACUUAAAUAUAUCCUUUCAGGAGAUGGAGCAGGAGAUCUCUUCAUUAUCAAUGAAAACACAGGCGACAUACAGGCCACCAAGAGGCUCGACAGGGAAGAAAAACCUGUUUACAUCCUUCGAGCUCAAGCUGUCAACAGAAGGACCGGGAGACCCGUAGAGCCUGAGUCCGAAUUCAUCAUCAAGAUCCAUGACAUCAAUGACAAUGAGCCAAUAUUCACCAAGGACGUUUAUACGGCCACAGUCCCUGAGAUGGCUGAUGUCGGCACAUUUGUAGUCCAAGUCACUGCCACUGAUGCUGACGACCCAACCUAUGGGAACAGUGCUAAAGUUGUCUAUAGCAUCCUACAGGGACAGCCCUACUUUUCAGUGGAGUCGGAAACAGGUAUCAUCAAGACAGCAUUGCUCAACAUGGAUCGAGAAAACAGAGAACAGUACCAAGUUGUGAUUCAAGCCAAGGACAUGGGCGGCCAGAUGGGAGGACUGUCGGGGACCACCACCGUGAACAUCACGCUAACAGAUGUCAAUGACAAUCCACCCCGUUUCCCCCAGAGUACAUACCAGUUUAAGACACCCGAGUCCUCUCCACCGGGUACACCGAUUGGCAGGAUCAAAGCCAGUGAUGCUGACAUGGGAGAAAACGCAGAGAUCGAGUACAGCAUCACAGAUGGUGAGGGGCAAGACAUGUUUGAUGUCAUCACCGACCAGGAAACCCAGGAAGGAAUUAUAACUGUCAAAAAGCUCUUGGAUUUUGAAAAGAAGAAAGUGUAUACCCUCAAGGUGGAAGCCUCCAAUCCCCACGUCGAGCCCCGAUUUCUCUACCUGGGUCCCUUCAAAGACUCAGCCACGGUGAGAAUUGUGGUAGACGACGUGGAUGAGCCUCCAGUCUUCAGCAAACUGGCCUACAUCCUGCAAAUACGGGAGGAUGCGCAGAUCAACACAACCAUAGGCUCCGUCUCAGCUCAGGAUCCUGAUGCUGCCAGGAACCCCGUCAAGUAUUCUGUGGAUAGACACACUGAUAUGGACAGGAUAUUCAACAUUGAUUCUGGAAAUGGUUCAAUUUUUACAUCAAAACUUCUCGACCGGGAAACACUGCUGUGGCACAACAUCACAGUGAUAGCAACAGAGAUUAAUAAUCCAAAGCAAAGCAGCCGAGUGCCCCUAUACAUUAAAGUUCUUGACGUCAAUGACAAUGCCCCAGAAUUUGCUGAGUUCUAUGAAACCUUUGUCUGUGAAAAAGCAAAGGCAGACCAGCUGAUUCAGACCCUACGUGCUGUUGACAAGGAUGACCCUUAUAGUGGACACCAAUUCUCAUUCUCUUUGGCCCCGGAAGCAGCCAGUGGCUCAAACUUUACUGUACAAGACAACAAAGACAACACCGCAGGAAUCCUAACUCGGAAAAAUGGCUAUAACAGACACGAGAUGAGCACCUAUCUCCUGCCUGUGGUCAUUUCAGACAACGACUACCCAGUCCAAAGCAGCACUGGGACAGUGACUGUCCGAGUCUGUGCAUGUGACCACCAUGGGAACAUGCAGUCCUGCCACGCCGAGGCCCUCAUCCACCCCACGGGGCUGAGCACAGGGGCUCUGGUGGCCAUCCUUCUGUGCAUCGUGAUCCUACUAGUGACAGUGGUGCUGUUCGCAGCUCUGAGACGACAGCGAAAGAAAGAGCCUUUGAUCAUUUCCAAAGAGGACAUCAGAGAUAACAUUGUCAGUUACAACGACGAAGGUGGCGGAGAGGAGGACACCCAGGCCUUUGAUAUCGGAACCCUGAGGAACCCUGAAGCCAUGGAGGACAGCAAGUCGCGCAGGGACAUUGUGCCUGAGGCUCUUUUUCUACCGCGACGGACUCCAACAGCUCGCGACAACACGGAUGUCAGAGAUUUCAUUAACCAAAGGUUAAAGGAAAAUGACACAGAUCCCACAGCCCCGCCCUACGACUCCUUGGCCACCUAUGCCUACGAAGGCACCGGCUCUGUGGCCGACUCGCUGAGCUCGCUGGAGUCAGUGACCACAGACGGAGACCAAGAUUAUGACUAUUUGAGUGACUGGGGCCCUCGGUUCAAAAAGCUAGCGGAUAUGUACGGAGGGAUGGACAGUGACAAAGACUCCUAAUCCGUUGCCUUUUUUUUUUUUUUUUUUUCAUUUUCCAAUAUGACACUGGAAUAUGUGAAGUGGCUAUUCCUUUCUAUUUAAUCACUAUGCCGUGAAGGGUUCUCUGUUAUACCCGUUCCAAAAGUCAAUGGCUGCAGUCCGUGCGGAUCCAAUGUUAGAGACUUUUUUCUAGUACACUUUUAUGAGCUUCCAAGAGGCAAAUUUUUAUUUUUUAGUUCAUGCAGUUAACCAAGUUAGCCCAGCAGGCACGCGGGGGAAGAGAGGAGGGGACAGCGUUUUUUCCCUUGUUCUCUUAGGGCAGGUUGGCCACACGCUCCUUACUGCUGGCCUGGACACUACUUUUGUUCAUGGCCUCAGGUCAGCUGAAUGCUCCAACUGUAUGCUCCCCAUGCUACUGGGGGAAGGGAUCAUACUUUACUGAUAAAAUAAUAUAGCUUUAGUAUAAAAGAAAAACGCAAAAGGAGGCAACAAUUGGGGAAUUGUUCUUGGUCUAUCAACUCUCGAGGAGAUAAUUAGCUACGGAAGGGUUUGUAAGAGUGUACGUGUCAAAGAAUUUAAGGUGGCAACUGGGGCAUCCUGUCUGUGCUGGAAGGGGUGUUUCUGGCACCAGCGACCACUGGUAACAUCAAAUCCUUCCGUGUUUUAGAAUGAAUUAGAAGCAAAUCAAAUGGUAACAUUCAGACAGUAACAAAAAGCAAGGCUGGAUUCCUUGACACUCAUGAUCUGUUGCAUGUGAGGAACAUGAAAGGUCACCAUCGCACCAAAGGGAAAAGAGAAAUAGCUAAAGAAACGUUAACAAGGGGAAGAUUUAGUAAAUGCCAACGUUUUGUGCCAUCCACUGUAUCACCAAUCCCUUAAUUCUUCCAACUAUCAGUAAGCUAGUGAGAAAUAAGUCUAAUCAUGUAAAAGUUCUUGAGAGAAUUUUCUGAGGCAAACGGUAACUCUUUGACUGUAGUAGUUGUCUCUAUUAUCCUGCUCUACCUGAGAGUAGCAGUGUAAAGUACAAUGAUUCAUAUUCUUCAAAUACUUCUUAGAUAAUUAACUUGACUUAGGAAGGUUAGAUUAAAUAUCCUACCCCACCCUAGAGUUAAAGGGGAAGGUUAGACCAGCCACAUUUGAACCUAAUCCCUGCCCUUUGCCUUCGGAGACAUCCCAUACAGUAAUGGCACUGAGAAGUUGGUGAAAACCUGCAUUCCAUGUUUCUGAAAUGCUCACAAAAGAAGAGCUGGGAUUGCCUUCAGCAAAAAUGCUUAAGGCUCUUGUUAAAGUGGCAGUCGAGUUCCAAAGCAGUCUUAUUCCCCCACUGUUUGGAAGGUGGCUUCUGUGGCAAAAAUGCCAUCUUCGUCUUUGAACUGAUGAUGAAGUGAUGGUCUCAACUAAAACAGAAAAGUAAUAGAAAAUCCAUCCAAUCUAUUCUCGCUCUAAUUAUGCAAUUAGGCUCUCUUAGUCAGUUAUUAUCCAGGGGAUCCAACUGAACCAAGCUAAUCCUUCUGGCAGGUUCAAAUCAUUUAUUUCAUAUGGACGUUCUAAUGACUCUCCUCAUUAGGAUCUCACACCGUGCAGUCAUCAGAAAUUUCCAAAGUACUGUAAUGAAAACAUCCUCAUUGAAAACUUUUUGAAAAGGCUCUGUAUAUACAUAGAUAAUAUAUACUUAAGAAUGUGCUGACUUCUCUUCUUAGUCAUAGGGAUUUAUUUUCAGUUAAUGUUAAUUUUAUAGAGAUAAUCUUAGCAUCAUUUCCAUUUAAGGGUAAUGUUUUAUCAACAUAUUUUCUAUUUAGAAACACACUGUUGUUUAGUUGUAUUUUAAAUAGUUUUUGCCCAGGAAGUAAAGGUGGCUCCUGUAAAACAAGAGAAAUGUGGAAUCUGGAUUACAUUUUAAAAAAUUUACAAUCCAAUCUUAUUGCCCUUUGUAUUUUCUGAACGUUCUCCUGUUUGUGAUGAAAUGCCCUGAACUACUGUAUUUAUACAAGUAUUUCAUGCUUGGGCUAUUUCUACCUUUUAGGGUUUUAUUUUUCUAGUUCUUCAUAUGCAUACUGACACACACACACACA